UAAAAGGCAUCAGAUUUUCGAUUUUCAAAGAGGAGUUUAAAAAAAAUAUCAUCUCCUGAAAUGAGUGAUGAGUAAUGACUUAUCUCACCAUGGAUUGCUGCUGCUGCUGCUGCUGCAUAACCAAAUUACCCUAUCUUCUUCACUCGGGAAGGAAAUAUGAACGCCUAUGCUUCCAAAAUGUUCCACCCAGAAAAUUCUUUGUGCAAUUCCAUGCGGACAAGAGGAUUUACGCAAGCAAAAGUUCACCUAAAAGGUUGAAGAAAUCAAAAGAAUUACAAAAAGUUGCGAAUCCACAACUUGCUGAAAGCACACUCGAUGAACAAAAUGAAAUUUCGGAUAAAUCUUCUCCAACUAAUUCGGUUAAUAACUUGGAGUCACAGGCUUCAGUUGCUAUUGCUUCUAGAAGUUCUGUUCUACAGGCUUGCACCUUGACUUCCGGUUUUAUAGCUUUCACGGGAGUAAUAAUUCGACAGGGUUCUCAUUUGGCAUCAUCACAAGGAUGGCCUAUAGCUGAUUGCUCUUCUGAGAUAUCAUUUAAUUUUGAGAUUUGGCAUCUGCAAGUGAUAGCGGGAUUAGUCAUACUCAUAUCGUGUUCUCGGCUAUUACUACUGAAAACAUGGUCUGAUUUUGCUGAGUCUAGUGAGGCAUCCAAUCAACAGGUCCUGACGUCGCUCGAGCCACUAGAUUAUACAAUUGUGGCAUUUCUUCCCGGCAUUAGUGAGGAACUCCUAUUUCGUGGCGCAUUGCUUCCAUUAUUCGGAAGCAACUUGAUAAGUGCUAGCGCGGUUGCUGCAUUAUUUGGGAUUUUGCAUUUGGGAAGUGGUCGGAAGUUUUCCUUUGCAAUCUGGGCAACUUUUGUUGGGCUUGCUUAUGGUUAUGCAACGAUCUUAUCUUCCAGCCUUGUUGUGCCCAUGGCUUCUCAUGGAAUUAAUAAUUUGAUAGGCGGCAUUAUAUGGCGCCUUACACACACCAACUCUCAAAAAACUGAUGUACAAUGACCAUAAAUGUAAAAAAGAAUUCAGAAAUUAUAUAUAGGAUUCAGCUCUCUUGGGUGUUUGGUUCGUUGAAAUUCAAUAAAUUAUAUUCCUUACUCA